UCCUGGCCCCGGGCCCGACCAGAUGCAGUCGCGGGCCGUGGAGACGCGCGUCCAGCUCGACAUCCUGGAAGGCCAGCCCCGGGGGACGGUGGUCGGCGCCAUCCCAACCAAGCCCGGCUUCACGUACCGCUUCAACGAGCCGCCCAGGCAAUUCACACUCAACUCCACCACGGGCGAGAUCCGGACCACCACCGUCCUGGACAGGGAGUCGUUGCGCAACGAGCGCUACGACCUGGUGGUGCUGUCCUCCCAGCCCACCUACCCCAUCGAGGUCCGCAUCGUGGUGGUGGACAUCAACGACAACAGCCCCGAGUUCCCGGAGUCCUCCAUCGCCGUCAGCUUCUCGGAGAGCGCGGUGGCGGGCACGCGGCUGCUGCUGGACGCGGCGUCCGACCGCGACCAGGGCGUCAACGGCGUCUCCAACGACUACGAGAUCGUGGACGGCAACGUGGAUGACAAAUUGAGGCUGGAGGUGACAGACAACCCGGCCGGCGGCGCGUACCUCCACCUGGAGACGACGGGGAAGCUGGACCGCGAGACGCGCGCCCACUACCGCCUCAACAUCUCCGCCAGGGACGGCGGCACGCCGCCCAGGCACGGCUACCUGCAGGUCAACGUCACCAUCCUGGACGUCAACGACAACCCGCCCAUCUUCGACCACUCGGACUACACCGUCUCCCUCAACGAGUCCGUCACGCCGGGCACGGCCGUGCUGCAGGUGACGGCCACUGACUCGGACGACGGCGACAACGCCAAGAUCACGUACUACCUGUCCGACGCGGAGCGGCAGUUCGCCGUGGACCCGGAGACGGGGGUCAUCACGACGACGGAGGCGCUGGACUGCCCCCGGCAGCAGAGCUGCCCGCAGGCCGACGCCGGCCCCGACGGCCAGGUGGCGGCCCAGGUGCCGCCCCGGCGCGGUGGCUGCCCCAAGUCGUGUGUGUUCACCGUGUUCGCCAGGGACCACGGCAGCCCUCGACAGGACGGCCGCACCUACGUCACCGUCAGCCUGGUGGACGCCAACGACCACGACCCCACCAUCCGCUUCCGCUACUUCCCCGCCACGGCCACGUUCGCCACGGUGGACGAGAACGCCGCCAACGGCUCCGUGGUGGCGGCCAUCUCCGUGGUGGACCAGGACGAGGGCCCCAACGGCGCCACCACGGUGGCCAUCGCCGCCGGCAACGAGCUCAACCACUUCCGCCUCGACUCUCUCAACGACUUUGACAUCGUGCGCGUCAACGGCGUGCUGGACCGCGAGCAGGUCAACAAGUACAACCUGACGAUCGUGGCGGUGGACAAGGGCUCGCCGCCGCGCACCGCCACGUCCUUCCUCAUCAUCCAAGUGAACGACGUCAACGACCAUGAGCCGGUGUUCACCAAGAGCGAGUACUCGGCCGUGCUGAGCGAGCUGGCGCCGCCCGGGACGUACGUGGCGGGCAUCACGGCCACGGACGAAGACACGGGCGUCAACGCGCAGCUCUACUACGCCAUCGUGUCGGGCAACGACCAGCAGUGGUUCCACGUGGACGGCGCCUCGGGGCUCGUCACCACCAGGGCGGCCCUGGACAGGGAGAUCCAGGGCACUGUCGAGCUCAACAUCUCCGCCAGGGACGGCGGGCCCAACCCCAAGUGGGCCCUCACGCAGCUCAAGGUCACCAUCUUGGACGAGAACGACGAGAGCCCGCGCUUCUCGCAGGACACCAUCAGCGUGUCGCUGGCCGAGGGCACGCCGCCGAACACGCUGGUGGCCAUGCUGACGGCCGCGGACCACGACCAGGGCACCAACGGCAGCGUCACCUACUCUCUGCAGGCCGACAGCAGCGCCAUCACCAAGGCCUUCGCGCUGGACUCGGUCACCGGCCAGCUGACCACGAAGACGCUCCUAGACCGCGAGGCCACGCCCAGCUACGAGAUCGUGGUGCUGGCCAAGGACCAGGGCUCACCCGUCAGGUCCUCCACCGCCACGGUACACCUCACCGUCCUGGACGUGAACGACAACUCACCCGUGUUCUACCCCGUGCAGUACUUCGCGCACGUGCAGGACGACACGCCUGUGGGGGCGUCGCUGGCGCGCGUGACGGCGCGCGACGCGGACGACGGCGACAACGCGGUGGUGCGGUACUCGAUGGAGAGCGGCGGCGAGGGCCUGUUCGAGGUGGACGAGGCCAGCGGCGUGCUGUCGCUCCGCGCGCCGCUGCGGUCCGCACAGAAGUCGCUGUACCGGCUCAAGAUAUCCGCCAAGGACGCCGGGGACAGGCGCGCCGCCGAGGACUGCGUCGUCGAGGUGGUCAAGAGCCGCGCCCUGGAGAAGCUCCAGUUCGAGUCCCCGCGCGGCUACAACUUCACGGUGCUGGAGGACGACGCCAGGGACGAGGCCGCGCUGGGCCGCCACGUGGGCCAGGUGUCCGCGCGCGGCGAGUCCGUCAAGUACCGCGUCGUCGACGGCGACCCCGACAAGGUGUUCCACAUGGACGAGCGCACCGGCGUGUUGUCGACGGCCAGCCGCGUGGACCGCGAGCAGGCCGCCGCCUACCGCCUCACCGUCACGGCGCGGUCGGGACUCGCCAUCGGCCAGGUCGUCAUCAACGUGACCGUGCAGGACGUCAACGACAACGAGCCCAGCUUCCCCAAGGACCGCGAGGACGUCCGCCUGGCAGAGAACGCCGCCGUGGGCCAGGAAGUCUUCCUGGCGCGCGCCCAGGACCGCGACGCUGCCGCCAACAGCCUGGUGCGCUACAGCCUGAGCGUGAACCCGGACGACCAGUUCCGCAUCGUGGACACCACCGGCGUCGUGUACCUGAACCGCCCCAUCCUCACGGACCCCGGCACUUCCAUGCAGCUCGAGGUGACCGCCUCGGACUCCGGCCGGCCUGCGCUGUCGUGCCGGCUGGCCGUCGUGGUGACCGUGGAGGACGUCAACGACCACACGCCCGUGUUCGACCACACCUCCUACGAGACGUCGCUCCUCGAGUCCACGCCCGUCAACAGCCGCUUCUUCGCGCUGGCCGCGUCGGACCAGGACCUCGGCGCCAACGGCCUGGUGUCCUACAGCAUCACGGAGGGCGACGGCGAGGGCAAGUUCGGCGUGUUCCCGGACGGCUUCCUGUACGUCCGCAGCGCGCUGGACCGCGAGGACCGCGACUACUACGCGCUCACGGUGACCGCCAGCGACCACGGCCAGCCGGCCCGGUCGUCGGUGGUGCCCGUGGUGAUCCACGUGGUAGACGAGAACGACAACGCCCCCGAGUUCAACAACGCCACGUUCAACCUGGUGCUGCGCGAGAACGAGCCGCCAGACACGUUCGUCGGCAAGCUGAGCGCCACGGACCGCGACAUGGGCCGCAACGCCGAGCUCACAUUCUCCAUCGCCAGCACCAACAACGACUUCGCCGUGGACCCCCGCAACGGCUUCAUCAAGACCCUGCACGUGUUCGACCGCGAGGAGCUGCUCCGCACCACCGGCCAGAGCGUCGUCACCCUGGAGGCCUACGUGUCCGACAACGGCACGCCGCGGCUCCGCGACAAGGUCAAGGUGAACGUGUACAUCGCGGACGUCAACGACAACCCACCGCGGUUCCUGCGCACGCCCUACCGCACGCAGAUGUCCGAGGGCGCCAGCGUGUCCACGCAGGUGCUGCGGGUGUACACGUCGGACGCCGACGAGGGCCUCAACGGCGACGUCUUCUACUCCAUCCUGUCCGGCGACCCGGAGGGCCGCUUCACCAUCGACGAGGCCACGGGACAGAUCACCCUGGCCCGGCCCCUGGACCGAGAGACCGUCUCCAAGUACACGCUCGUCGUGGUGGCCAUGGACGCGGGGCUGGCCGUCAGACUCAACAGCACGACCACCGUGACCGUGGACGUCCUCGACGAGAACGACAACGCCCCCGAGUUCACGCAGAGCGAGUCACACAUCAACGUGAUUGAGACCACCGCCGUCAACACCAAGCUCAUCCAGUUCCGCGGCUCCGACGCCGACCUGGGCGUCAACAGCGAAGUCACCUUCUCCAUCACGGCCGGCAACCGCAGGGACACGUUCCACCUCAACGCCAAAACCGGCGAGCUGUCGCUGCACAAGCCCCUGGACUUCGAGGACCUCAACGUGUUCACGCUCAACAUCACCGCGUCGGACGGCGGCAGCCCGCGCUUGUCCACCACCAUCCCCUUCAAGGUGACGGUGGAAGACGCCAACGACAACCCGCCCGCCUUCCCCAACACGGCCAUCGUCCGCCAGAUCCGCGAGGGCAUCCCCGUCAACACGCCCAUCGUGACGGUGACGGCCGAGGACCCCGACAGCGGCGCCAACGGCAGGAUCGUGUACUCGAUCGCGGCGCAGGAGCCCGAGGGCCGCAGCAACCACUUCGGCAUCAACGCGGCGACGGGCGUAGUGCACACGCUGCUGCCCAUCGACCGCGAGGCCGUGGACACCUUCCGCCUGACCGUCGUGGCUUCGGACCAAGCAGAGCCGCCCAGCGCGCGCCUCAGCGCCGAGAAGCUGGUGACCGUCAUCGUGGAGGACGUCAACGACAACGCGCCCGUCUUCACCUCCAUGGCCGCCGUGGUGCUGCCCGCGCACGGCGACCUGGUGACCACCGUGGUGGCGCAGGACGCGGACUCCGGCAGCAACGGUCUCGUCACCUACGAGCUCGUCAGCGGCGACCGGGAGCUCUUCGCGCUGCAGCGCAGCUCCGGGGCGCUGAGCCUCCGCCGCGCGCCCUCGGCCGCCAACUACCGCUACCAGCUCGCCGUCAAGGCCACGGACGAGGCCGUGCAGGUGGACCGCCUCUCCACCGACGCGUACAUCACCGUGCUGGCCGCGGGGGAGCCUGGGCCCGAGUUCGUCGGCGGCAGCGCGCGCGGUCAGGUCGCCGAGAACAUGCCGGCGGGCACGUCGGUCGCCACGGUUCGCGCCGUGCUGCCCUCGCGGCCCGACGCCGUCCUCGAGCUCUACGUGACCAACGUGACGGCCUGCGGCUCCGGCGCGCAGGCCGACCGCCUGUUCGCCGUGGACCCCAAGCUGGGCGUCGUCUCGACCACGCAGCCCCUGGACCGCGAGGCGGGGCCGCCCUCCGCUCCCUGCUACAACGUCGAGGUCUUCGCCACCGUCGCCGGGGCCAAGCGCCCGCAGACUGCCAUGACAACGUUUUGA